CUUCCUGCGUGAUCGCGUUAUAUCAGUGAGUUUCAGUAGGUUGAAUUUACAGAAAUGCCGCCGAAGAGGGGAAAAGUACAAAAAGAAGAAGUUCAAGUGUCGCUUGGACCUCAACUCCGUGAAGGUGAAGUUGUUUUCGGUGUUGCUCAUAUUUUUGCGAGCUUCAAUGAUACAUUCGUCCACGUAACUGAUCUUUCUGGCAGGGAAACUAUUGCCCGAGUUACUGGUGGAAUGAAAGUCAAAGCUGAUCGUGAUGAAGCUUCUCCUUAUGCCGCUAUGCUUGCUGCUCAGGAUGUAGCAGAAAAGUGUAAAUCCCUUGGAAUUACAGCACUUCACAUUAAGUUAAGAGCAACAGGGGGUAAUAAAACAAAAACCCCUGGCCCUGGUGCACAAUCUGCUUUGCGCGCGCUCGCACGUUCUAGUAUGAAAAUUGGUCGUAUUGAAGAUGUCACGCCAAUUCCAUCUGAUUCUACACGUAGGAAGGGUGGUCGUCGCGGACGCAGGCUGUAAUUUAU